AUGACGGCUGUCCGAUCUGAGCCAACUCCUCAUUCGGGAUGCCUUUGUAGUCACGGUCAACAAGGAGCGACUGCACCCGUAGCCAAUGGAGCGAAAGCAGCUCCCCGUCAACUCAUCCCAGAUUCAGAGGCCAGGAAAACGGUCCAAAAUACAAUCACAUCCCUACAACCCACACUCAAAGAACUAUCACUCUACAUACACUCCAAUCCCGAGCUCAAAUAUGCAGAGUUCAAAGCGCAUGCUCGUCUCACAGACUUCUUGAAAGAAGAGGGUUUCGAGGUAGAAAACUACCCAGAUAUUCCCACCGCUUUCAAAGUCUCGUAUACGCAUGGAAAGGAGGGAGAAGGGAGGACGUUUGGGUAUAAUUCGGAGUAUGAUGCCCUACCUGGAAUUGGUCAUGCUUGUGGGCACAACCUGAUAGCUGUCUCUGGAGUGGCCGCCUUACUCUCCCUGCGAGAGGCUAUGAAGAAACACGACAUACCGGGCAAGGUUGUGUUGAUAGGUACGCCUGCUGAAGAAGGUGGGGGUGGGAAGGUCAAGCUGCUAGAUGCUGGUGCUUACAAGGGCCUUGGAGCAUGUAUGAUGAUCCACCCCGGUCGUGGUCCUUCCAAAACUGGCCAAGUCGGUCCGACAUUAGCAGUAACACCGCUCGAAGUAGACUUCUACGGUCACCCAGCUCAUGCAGCUUCGGCCCCUUGGGAGGGGAUCAACGCUCUUGACGCCGCUGUUUCGACUUAUACGGCUAUCUCGAAUCUGAGGCAGCAGUUGAAACCUGGUAUACGAGUUCACGGAAUCAUCGCCAAAGGCGGUGAUGCACCCAACAUCAUCCCCGAGCAUACUCAGAUGAAAUACUCUGUCCGAGCACAGACUUCCGCCCAGGUGGAAGAGACGUUGAAGAAAAUAACUGCCUGUAUAGAAGCAGGCGCCAAAGCUUCAGGGUGUGCAUUCAAGAUCCAACAAGGUCUCGGUCUGUAUAAGGAGCUGAUCAACGUUGAGGCUCUUGCUCAAGAAUAUGCUUCGACCAUGUCUGAACUCUACGGAAUCACAAUUGCGGUCGGGAAUGAUGAGGAAAAUAUGAUUUAUGCCAGUACCGAUUUCGGUAAUGUGACAUAUGAGUUGCCUGCUUGUCAUCCCAUGUUCGGUAUCCCUACUGUUCCCAAUGGCGCCAACCAUACUGCUGAAUUCACGGCUGUGGCAGGUAGCGAUGAAGGCCAUGAGGAGACUUGGAAGGCCAGUACGGGUAUGGCAUGCGUAGGUUUGAGGUUCUUGACGGAUGAUGGUUUCGCUAAACAGGUUCGACAAGAUUUCGAACGUGAUCAAAAGAGGUUGAACUGA